CGGGCGUUCGAUGUGAUGCGGUUGCGUUCAGUUGCAAGGGCCUAUAAAUGCUAUGCGCCCGCCUCCUCCUCUUCUACUUCCUUCCCCCAACACAACACCACACCACACGAGAAGAAGAAGCGGUCAUCAACUCCAUCCACUAGUCCUUCCUUCCUUGAAGAAGAAACAGAAACAGAUCAAGAGAGAAAGAUGGUGUCUGCCUUGUUGCGGACGAUCCUGGUCACGGGCGGCGCCGGCUACAUCGGCAGCCACACCGUCCUCCAGCUUCUCCUCCAGGGCUUCCGCGUCGUCGUCGUCGACAACCUCGACAACGCCUCCGAGAUCGCCCUCCUCCGCGUCAGGGACCUCGCCGCCCACAACGCCAACAACCUCGACUUCCGCAAGGUUGACCUCCGCGACAAGGAAGCGCUGGACCAAAUCUUCUCAUCGCAAAGGUUUGAGGCUGUCAUCCAUUUUGCCGGGCUGAAAGCUGUUGGCGAGAGCGUGCAGAAGCCUCUGCUUUACUACGACAACAACCUCAUCGGCACCAUCACGCUCCUGGAGGUCAUGGCCGCACAUGGCUGCACCAAGCUGGUGUUCUCAUCGUCCGCAACUGUCUACGGGUGGCCCAAGGAGGUGCCCUGCACCGAAGAAUUCCCACUGUGUGCCAUGAACCCCUAUGGCCGAACCAAGCUGGUAAUCGAAGACAUAUGCCGGGAUGUCCAUGCGUCGGACCCCAACUGGAAGAUCAUACUGCUCCGAUACUUCAACCCUGUUGGCGCUCACCCAAGCGGGUACAUCGGCGAGGACCCCUGCGGCGUCCCAAAUAACCUCAUGCCCUUCGUCCAGCAGGUCGCUGUUGGCAGGAGGCCCGCCCUUACGGUUUAUGGAACCGACUACAACACCAAAGAUGGAACUGGGGUUCGUGACUAUAUCCAUGUUGUUGAUUUGGCCGAUGGUCACAUCGCCGCCCUAAGGAAGCUCAACGAGGAUUCUGAUAGAAUUGGAUGCGAGGUGUACAAUCUCGGUACUGGAAAGGGGACAUCGGUGCUGGAAAUGGUCGCAGCAUUCGAGAAAGUUUCUGGAAAGAAAAUCCCGCUUGUAUUUGCUGGACGAAGGCCUGGAGAUGCCGAGAUCGUUUAUGCUGCAACUGCCAAAGCUGAGAAGGAACUGAAAUGGAAGGCCAAGUACGGGAUAGAGGAGAUGUGCAGAGACUUGUGGAACUGGGCGAGCAAGAACCCUUACGGAUAUGGAUCGCCGGACAGUAGCAACUGAUUAAUUGCUGAAUAUAAUAGGCGUCCGAUUAUCCAGUAGCAGCAGCACAAGGACUUCUACAUAUAUAUAUACAUAUAAAUUCAUAAA